AUGACACAAUCAUUGUCUCUCGCUGUGUUUGCAGCUGCGGCACUUUUUGCGACUAAGGGUCUUGCGAGCAACUUUACCAUUAGCAAUGGCCAGAUUUUCACCCCUGGUUUUGUUGUCGUCGAUUCCCCCCAGCCGGACACGCCUCUUGGCGGAGACAACAUUGAGAUUGCGCUCGAUGUUUCUGCCAAUGGCAAGCUUCCUCUGCCGCCCUACGGCGACGACGCUUCCAGCCAAAUCUACAACAUCAACAUCUUCCUUUACAGCUAUGUAACGGGCCGAAACUUCACCAUCACCAACGGUACUGCGUCGGUCAACAAUGCCACACUCGGUGAUAUCAUGCUCUCCGAGCCUGGUAGCACCGUGAAGCAUGUCCGGUGGACAUGGCCUGACUGCAUGGUUGGCGAUGGUACGAAUGGGAACGAUCGUGGCAGUUACAAUGUGGGUUUUCCAAAUAGUGAGCUCAAGACUGUCUUGAUAGCAAUUUCACUGACAACUCACAAGAUCUCCAUCCACCAACGCUUCAGACUCAAUGGCGAAAACCACUACACGAUGUUUGAUCUUCCCAUUUCUGUGACCAAUAGCAUCAGCAAAAGCGACGACCGCCCGUCUUGCCAAUCACUUGAUAACCCGUUGCUGGCGCCCGAGAACAUCGAUCGGACAGACACUAACGAGCUCGGCGCCCUCUUUGCUCCUGGUGAUUCGACGGUUAUUGAGACAUCGGAUGUUGGUAGUGGUUCUGGGCUGGCGAGCUGCAAGCAUGCACUUGACUUGUUGACCGGAUCUCAUAGCAAAAUUUCCCGUUAUUGGGCUUUGCGCAAUCUCUCAAAUCAGAACAAAAUGGCGCCACAGACGAAAGACGAAGUUGCCGACGACAACGAAUUCGUUGGAUUCGACGAGGAGAGCGAUGAGGAGAUGCACGACAAUGAUGACAUGUCGGUAGACGACGAGGAGGAGGACGACUCCGAUAUGGAUUCAAUUGGCGACCCGAGGAAAACGUACGAUAUCGACGAGAAGGACUCUGACGAAGAAGACCUCGAACGCUUUGUCUUGGGCAAUAACGACACCUUCCGCGCCCAGCUUUUCCGCGACGACUUCCUCGCCGAUAUUACCGAUUCCAAGGCUCUCAUUAGGACCGACAAGCAAGAUGACACGACUGGCCUCGAACACGUCGACGAUAACGCUCUUUUCGCGUUCGAUACUGGCGUUCCCGGCGAUAAGAAGCAGACAGAGGCCACGCCCUCUGCACUAGAGGCUUACGAGCAGAAGGAGGACCCUCCAGCGUGGGAGGACAGCGAUGACGAGCGGUUGACAGUAUCCCUUGCGGCUGCCUCGCGGUUGCGCAAGCUGCGUCAGUCCGAAGAGGAGGAUGUCGUGAACGGCACCGAGUACGCGCGCCGCCUGCGCUCGCAGUACCUCCGACUAUACCCCCUUCCGGAGUGGGCCAAGGAAUCCUCGGCCGCCACCCAGCGCCGGAGGAGAAGAUCUUCAGCCGCCGGUUCCUCCUCCGAGGAAGACAGUGACGCCGAAGACGACGUCGAAUCCGCCCUUCCUCUCGAGACCUUCCUCCGCGACGUCAACUCUUUCAAUGCCAGCGCCGAUGCCCGUGGCAGCAAGCGCCGCAAGCUGCGCCCCGAGACCAUCGACAUUCAGCGCUCGCGCGACAUCCCCGACAUUCACAAGCAGUCCGUCAGCUCGCUGUCCUUCCACCCCAAGCACCCCAUCCUGCUCUCGUGCAGUGUCUCCUCCAUCAUGUACCUGCACCAAGUUGACCCGACCGCGCACCCGGUUCCGAACCCGGCCCUCACGUCGGUGCAAGUCAAGCGCACCGACCUUCGGCGCUCCGAGUUCCUCGGUCCCGAUGGUGACGACAUCAUCUUCGCCGGUCGCCGGCGCUACUUCCACAGCUGGAACCUCUCGUCGGGCGCUGUCAAGAAGAUCACCCAGAUCCAGGGCCACCAGCGCGAGCAGCGCACCAUGGAGCACUUCCGCCCCUCGCCCUGCGGACGCUACCUGGGGCUCAUCGCCUCCGAGAAGAAGGGCGGCGGCAUGAUCAACAUCGUCAACGUGCGCACGAUGCAGUGGAUCGCGCAAGCGCGCACCAAUGGCCGCGGCGGCAUCUCCGAUUUCGCCUGGUGGGGCAACGGCAACGGCCUCUCCAUCCUCGGCAAGAACGGCCAGGUCACCGAGUGGAGCAUGCUCAGCCGGCGCACGGUCGGCGUUUGGCGCGACGAAGGAUCGAUCGGCGGCACGGUGAUUGCGCUGGGCGGGCAGAAGGGCACCGGCCCUAGCCAGAUUGGUGGCGAUCGCUGGGUGGCUGUGGGCUCGAAUAGCGGCAUUUUGAACAUUUAUGACCGGAAUGAUCUGGUUGAGCCUGUUAAAAAGGAGGGUGGUGCGUUGGCGUCCAAGGAGGAGACGGUGCAGAUUAAGAGCAUCCCCACCCCGCAGAGGACGUUUGAGCAGCUCACGACGCCCAUCUCAGUGGUGACGUUCGCGCCGGACGGUCAGCUAUUGGCGUUUGGUAGCUUCCACAAGAAGGACGCGUUAAGGCUGGUGCACUUGCCUAGCUGCACCGUUUACAGGAACUGGCCUACGGAGCAAACGCCUUUGGGUAGGAUCACUGCUGUGGCGUUUAGCCACCAGAAUGGUGGUGAUGUGUUGGCGGUGGGUAAUGAUGUGGGCAAGAUUAGGAUGUGGGAGAUCAGGAGUUAG